AUGUCUGAACUCACACACCAAGUCGUGGUUCUAACUUCAGAACAAGAACCAAAUGCCAAACCAAGCUUCGCCAUCCAAAAUCUCCCGCGGCCUGUCCCUGGCCCAAAUGAAGUUCUCGUCCGUCUAUCACUCACAUCCAUCUGCGGCUCCGAUCUAGGCAUGGCCCUUGGCCACAUGGGACCCGUGGGCAACAUCCUGGGCCACGAAGGAGUCGGCAAGAUUGCAGCCCUGGGAUCUAGUGUUGCAGAACUUGAUCCCACAGUUCAGAUUGGUCAGCGCGUCGGCGUAGCCUGGCUGAGAGACAUUUGCGGUGUCUGUGACUUCUGCGUCGACCUCGUCAAUGAGGGAGAGACGAGAUGUUCUGCGGCAAUGCACUCCGGCAAAGCUUACGACGGGACAUGGGCUGAAUACACAAUCGUCCCAUUGCGAUACUUGACUCGAAUUCCGGCCAAGUUUGAUGACGUGCCAGAUGAGUUGAUUGCUCCAACUCUAUGCGGCGGUGUAACUGCCUACAAGGCUAUUAAAGGAUGUCAUUUGACGCCAGGACAAUGGGUAGUAGUAUCCGGAGCGGCUGGCGGCGUGGGCGCCUUGGCCGUGGCAUUUGCUCAUGCAAUGGGAUACCGUGUAAUUGCGGUAGAUGCCGGUGCAUCUAAGGCUAGUUACUGUAAAGCACAAGGUGCAGAGCAUUAUGUGGAUGUGCUCUCCGAGGCUGAUCCAGGCGCAAAAGUCAAGCAGCUUACCGAUGGCAAGGGCGCGAAGGCCGUCAUUGUUACCGCCACAAGAGCUGCGGCCUACCAGCAGGCUUUUGGGAUGCUGGGUGCUUUUGGGACAUUGAUGUGUGUGUCUAUUCUUCCUGAAGAUGCCAACGUUUCGAUUCAUCCAUUGUGGAUGAUUGAUAAUGGGUGGUCGAUUAAGGGCUCGUCGGUGGGAACCAGGGCCGACAUUUUGGAAGCUUUGGAGUUUGUGAAGAGACAUGCCGUUAAACCACAGGUGAAGUGGGCGAAACUUGAAGAUAUUGAGGGAUUGAUGGAAAAGAUGUCUCUUGGACAGUUGGAGGGAAAGUAUGUUAUUAAGCUGUAA